AUGGCCCGCCGACCGUCGCGCACGCAGUCACGACAUCUUCUUUCUUCUCUUUCAAUCGCUUUCUUUGCUCUCAUUGCAAUCGUAUGUUUGUGUCCAGUCGCAGUUCGCGCCGAGGAUGGCGCAUCUGAGUACGGCACUGUUAUUGGUAUCGAUUUGGGAACAACUUAUUCUUGCGUAGGUGUACAGCGAGGUGGCCGCGUUGAAAUCAUCGCCAACGACCAGGGUCACCGUAUAACACCUUCAUGGGUAUCCUUCGCUGAUGACGAGAGACUUGUCGGUGACGCCGCCAAAAACGCAUACCACUCCAACCCCGAGAACACUGUCUUCGACGCGAAGCGUCUUAUUGGUCGUAAAAUGGAUGACCCCGAUAUCAAGCGCGACAUGAAGCACUGGCCCUUCAAGGUUCGCGAGAAGCUCGGCAAGCCCGUCAUCACAGUCAAAUACCACGGCGCGGACAAGGACUUUACUCCUGAAGAAAUCUCUGCAAUGGUUCUUACCAAGAUGAAGGAAACCGCUGAGGCCUACCUCGGUGAGAAGGUCACUCAUGCAGUUGUCACUGUCCCUGCCUACUUCAACGACGCUCAACGUCAAGCCACCAAGGACGCCGGCACCAUCGCUGGUCUCCAGGUCCUCCGUAUCAUCAACGAGCCUACCGCCGCAGCCAUCGCCUACGGUCUUAACAAGAAGGCUGGCGAAUCCCAGAUCAUCGUCUACGAUCUCGGUGGAGGAACUUUCGAUGUCUCACUCCUUUCCAUCGAUGACGGUGUCUUCGAGGUUUUGGCUACUGCUGGUGACACCCAUCUUGGUGGUGAAGAUUUCGACAACAGAAUCAUCGAGCACUUCACCAAGCAGUACAAGAAGAAGACCGGCACUGACGUCAGCGGCAACCUUCGGGCUAUGGGCAAGUUGAAGCGUGAGGUCGAGAAGGCCAAGCGUACUUUGUCCUCGCAGCAGAGCGUUCGCAUCGAAAUUGAAAGCUUCGAAGACGGAAACGACUUCUCCGAGACCCUCACCCGCGCUAAGUUCGAAGAACUUAACAUGGAUCUCUUCAGAAAGACGAUGAAGCCCGUCGAGCAAGUUCUCAAGGACGCUAACGUGAAGAAGGAAGACGUUGAUGAGGUCGUCCUCGUUGGUGGCUCUACCCGUAUCCCCAAGGUCCAACAGCUCCUCAAGGAGUUCUUUGGUGGCAAGGAGCCUUCCAAGGGAAUCAACCCUGAUGAGGCUGUCGCUUAUGGUGCCGCCGUCCAGGGUGGUAUCCUCUCUGGCGCUGAAGGAACUGCUGAUGUCGUCCUUGUCGAUGUCUGCCCCCUUACCCUCGGUAUUGAGACCACUGGUGGCGUCAUGACCAAGUUGAUUCCUCGUAACACUGUCAUCCCCACUCGCAAGUCACAGAUCUUCUCUACCGCCGCUGACAACCAGCCUACCGUCUUGAUCCAAGUCUUCGAGGGUGAACGUUCCCUCACCAAGGACAACAAUCUCCUCGGCAAAUUCGAACUCUCCGGUAUUCCCCCCGCUCCUCGUGGCGUUCCUCAAAUCGAGGUCACCUUCGAGAUUGACGCCAACGGUAUCAUGAAGGUCUCCGCUGCCGAUAAGGGAACUGGCAAGUCCGAAUCCGUCACCAUCAAGAACGAGAAGGGCCGUCUGUCUCAGGAGGAGAUUGACCGCAUGGUCGCUGAUGCCGAGAAGUUCGCCGCCGAGGAUGAAGCCCAGCGCAAGCGCAUCGAAGCCCUCAACUCCCUCUCGUCAUAUGUCUACGGCCUCAAGAGCCAGCUCGGUGACCAAGAAGGUCUCGGUGGCAAGCUCUCCGACGACGACAAGAAGACCAUCCUCACCACCGUCAAGGACACCACCGACUGGAUCGACGAGAACGGCUCCAGCGCCAGCGUCGAGGACCUCGAGGAGAAGUUGGCUGAAGUCCAAGCCAUUGUUAACCCCAUCACGACUAAGAUCUACAGCCAGGGUGGCGCACCAGGAGGUGCUGCUGAUGAGGAGGAUCCUAUCAGGGAUCAUGACGAGCUCUAA